UUGGUUUUCUGUUUGUAGAAGCAGCCGGGAGUUGUGGACCAUUUUGCUUGGGCGAUCGGCCUUGAGGGACCCAAUGCAGAUCAAAGGCGAGCUUGAUCGAUAUGGAGGAAGGUUUCUUCAUGGCUUGGCUUUCUACAAACCUCCCAGCACUAGCUCUGCAGACAAGGUGAAAGCAAGCAAUGUAGCUCCUGCAUUGAAGGAACUUGGAUUACGUUUAAGCAAAUUUCUGGGACUGAAUGAGGAACAGAGUGUGCAGCUGCUGCAGUGCUACCUCCAGGAUGAUUACAGAGGAACCCAGGACAAUAUAAAGCUGGUGCCGCAAGAUGAAAGGCAGAGUCAAGCACUGAUGUUAAAGAUGGCAGAAUAUUACUAUGAAGACAGGAUGUGUAUGCUGCGAUGUGUUCUACAUUUGCUGACUUAUUUUCAGGAUGAGAAACACCCUUAUAAGAAAGAGUUUAAUGAGUGCAUGGAUAUGCUGGAAAAGGGGGACCUAAUUGGGAAGUAUAUAAAAAAAUUUGAGGAGCUGUGCAAAGAAGAUGCACCUACAUGGGAAACUCAUGGCAACCUCAUGACUGAACGCCAGGUGUCCCGCUGGUUCCUGCAGUGUCUCCGGGAGCAGGCCAUGUUGCUGGAGAGAUUAUUUUCUUGUACUAUGCCUAUUUUGCAAUUCCGCCUGCCAAUCUUCUGUUACUUACUAAACUUUUCACGGAGCAAGGCUUUGGACGUCGGCAGCAAAAUCGUCACUUGGUUGAACAAAGCCUCGACCCCUUAAUAGACAGAAUUGGGUACUUUGAAGUUCUUAUCCUACUGGAAGGAAUUGACAUGGACUCUUUACAGGAGUGUGCUUUAAAAGACAAUGUUGAACACCCACUCAGCAAUGAGCCUCAGAUUUGCAAGGACAUGGAUCAAAUCUUGUUCACCUUUGGAGACAUCCCACAUCACGCUCCUAUUCUCCUGGCCUGGGCUCUCCUUCAACACACACUUAGCACAGAUGAUGCGUCUCCAGCCAUUCGAAAACUGGGUAAUACUGCUUUACAGCUCCAUGUUUUCCAGUAUCUGACCAAAAUGCUUCAAGGCCUUGGUUGUGGUGAGCAUAGUUGUACAACCAGUACCGCUUGUCUAUGUAUCUACAGUCUGCUAUGUUUUGUGCUGAUCUCCAUAGACCAACACACGCUGGGCAAUCAACAGGACAUCAUUGAUACAGCUUGUCAAGUGCUGACUGCACCAAACCUGUCAGAACUUUUCUGGAAUACACAGUCCACUGUAGGACUGGGAGUCUUGCUGGACAGUGUGUGCACCAUGUUCCCUGCCCGCCUGGCACCUCUUCUUCAGCUCUUAAGUGCUCUCGUCUCCAGCAAAUCCACUGCCAAAAAGGUGUACACCUUCCUGGAUAAGAUGUCCCAUUACACAGAGCAUUACAAACACAAACCUCAUGAUGUCAUGUCGCAUAACGAUGAGACUCUCUGGAGGAGACGCACUCCGAAGCUUCUAUAUGCCUUGGGACAGGGACAGACUAACUUGCGCAUACCUCAGGGGACGGUUGGCCAGGUGAUUUCUGAUGACAAUGGUUUCCUUGUUCGCUGGGAAUACUCGUUUAGUAGCUGGACCCUGUUUACCUGUGAGAUUGAAAUGCUCCUUCAUGUUGUGUCCACAGCAGAUGUCAUACAGCACUGUCACAGAGUGAAACCAAUCGUAGACCUUGUGCACAAAGUUAUCAGUAUUGACCUGUCCAUAGCUGACUAUCUCCUACCUAUUACAUCCCGCAUGUACAUGCUGUUACAGAGAUUAACAACUGUUAUGAACCCACCUAUGGAUUUCAUAGCCUCAUGUGUCAACUGCCUGACUGUGUUGGCGACACGUAUGCCUGCAAAGGUUUGGAUAGACUUGCAUCACACUGGAUUCUUGCCAUCCGCUGCUAAUCCCAUCUCGGGCCACAUUAUCAGCACUGAAGGUAUGAGUGCUGGUGGCUUUGGGACUCUACUUGGAAUUGAGCAGACUCUGGGUGAAUACAGUGUCACCAUUUCAUUCCUCCGCCUCAUCACCACCUUAGUGAAGGGUCAGCUGGGCAGUACCCAAAGCCAAGGUCUAGUGCCUUGCAUCAUGUUUGUGUUGCGCGAAAUGCUUCCUAAUUACCACAGGUGGCGAUAUAACUCUAAUGGAGUCAGAGAAAACCUUGGUUAUCUGAUGCUGAAUCUGAUUCAUGCCAUCCUUAACCUCUGCCCUGACACAGAUCAACACAGCAGCAGCCCCAGCCUGCAGACCUUGUGCAUCUACACACUAACUAAUACUGAGGCAGGACAAGCUAUUAUUAAUAUUAUGGGAAUUGGAGUUGAUACAAUCAACCUGGUCAUGGCAUCUCAGUCUGGCAGCAGUGGAACCGAAGGACAAGGCCAAAUGUUAAUCCAGACUGUUAAACUGGCCUUUUCCAUCACAAACAACGUCAUUAGACUGAAGCCUUCCUCUAGCAGUGUUUCCCCUCUGGAACAGGCACUCACUCAACAUGGAGCUCACGGGAACAAUCUUAUUGCUGUCCUGGCCAAAUAUAUCUACCAUAAAUAUGAUCCAUCUCUACCACGGCUGGCUAUCCAACUUUUGAAACGUCUGGCUACAGUGGCCCCCAUGUCUGUGUACGCCUGCCUGGGAAGUGAUGCAGCUGCUAUCCGUGAUGCUUUUUUGAACCGCUUAGAGUGCAGCAUAGAGGAUAUGCAGAUAAAGGUUAUGACUCUGGAAUUUCUUACCGUGGCUGUGGAGACCCAGCCAGGUCUCAUUGAACUCUUCCUAAACCUAGAUGUGAAAAACAAGAGCGAUGGAACAAAAGAAUACAGCUUGGGACAGUGGAGUUGUCUGCAGGUUGUUCUGGAUCUAAUUGACUUACAAAAAUCAGACCGGUUUUGGUGCACCCCUCAGCUACACCGUUCAGCCAUUGCCUUCCUGCAUGCCUUAUGGCAAGAUCGCCGUGACAGUGCCAUGUCUGUACUGAGAACAAAGCCACGAUUUUGGGAGAAUUUGACAGGACCACUCUUUGGAACACUUGUUUCCCCUUCAGAUUCUUCAGAUCUGAGUGUCUUAGAAACCUGUGCUUUCAUCAUGAGAAUCCUGUGCCUGGAGAUUUACUACGUAGUCAGGGGAUCGUUGGACAACUCUCUGAAGAGCAUCCUGGAGAAGUUUUCCAAGGAGGGCCGCUUCACCUACUGGUCGAAUUUAUGUUUCAUUCACUGGUGCUUCGUGUAGCAGAGAUGGAGGGCAGCUGCAGCUCACUGACUGAAUACCACAUGCUGCUGUCUGCCUGGCGCAUACUGCUCAUUAUUUCCACGCACUUUGAGGAUGUCAUGCAUCUGACAGAUAUACAAGUGAGACGGCAGCUUUUCCAGGAUAUAUUGGAUGGUGCAGAACAUUUGUUCCAGGUUCCUAACUCUGUGGCCUGUUUGGAUCUUGGAUCUAUGUUGUGCAUUUUGAUGAUAAUUCUGCUGAGACGCUGGAAGGGUGAGCUUGCGUCACCCGAGAACAUCCUGAAAUCUCUGGGGAAAAUCCUGGAAGGUGUUCUGCAGGCUGAUGAACGACAAGUGGAGAAAACCAAAGCCAGAGUCUUUUGUGCCCUGAUCUCUGUGCUAGAAAUGAAGCAGAUAAAAGCCUGCAAAAUUCCCCAGUAUGAGCAACUUGUGCUGAGCGUCUGUGAGAAUCUACAGGAUGAGGUGGUUAUUCUCGUCAGUCAGACAAGACCUGAAGUGAUAAGUGUUAAUGGAGGGGAGGAUAAAGACAGCAUGGAGACUGAAGAUAUUCCUCGAGCAAAGCAAAAAGACCUGCCUGAUGGGGUUUGUGUGCUGGCAUUACAUUUGGCCAAGGAGCUGUGCCAGGCUGAUGAAGAUGGAGACCAGUGGCUGCAAGUGACCAGAAAGUUACCCAUGCUGCCCAUGCUCUUCAGCGCACUGGAAGUCAGCCUGCGUGUCAAGCAGAACCUCCACUUCUGUGAAGCAGCACUUCACCUUUUGUUCACGUUGGCUAAGACUCACCAGGGGGCAGCAGCUAUAGCCGGAUCUGGCAUCACUCAGAGUGUGUGCCUUCCUCUGCUGAACGUCUACCAGCUGACUUCCAAUGGAGUGAGCACGGUACAGACCCCACUAUCAUCACGUAAAAUUCUGGAUGCUCCAUCAUGGCCCGGUGUAUACAGAUUGACCAUAACCCUGAUGGAGAGAUUGCUGAAGACUUUGAGAUACAACUUCCUAACAGAGGCCUUAGACUUUGUAGGAGUUCACCAAGAGAGAAUAUUGCAGUGCCUGAGUGCAGUACGUACUGUGCAGAAUUUGGCCUGUCUGGAGGAGGCUGACCACACUGUAGGUUUUCUGCUGCAGCUGUCUAAUUUCAUCAAAGAAUGGCAUUUCCACUUACCGCAGUUUAUGAAGGACAUCCAGGUCAGUUUAUGUUAUCUGUGCCAGUCUUGCACAUCCCUUUUGUACAGCCGAAAGAUGCUGCAACAUUAUUUACAGAUAAAAAGUGGGGAAGCAGUAGCAUCAGGCACGGCCUCUCGAGGUCAGCGCACUCCACAGACUCCCUCCGUACAGCCGACACCUGAGAGUGAGGCCCUAGAGCUAAGAGCAUUGCGGUCUGUUCAGUUCAGCCUCCUGAAGAUCCUGAGCAAGACCUUGUCUGCAUUGCGAGCUUUCACACCGGAUCUCAGCCAGAUUCUGCAGCCUCUGGACCUCUCACAAUAUCAGAUGCUAUUAGCCCUGAACUUCAGUACUCCUGCUUUUGACGCAGAUGUGGCACCUUCAUUCGGGACCUUCCUAGCUACUGUCAAUGUGAUGCUGAACAUGCUGGGAGAGAUGGAUAAGAAGAAAGAUCCACCUUUUCCAUCUGCAUCUUCCCUCAGCCUAUCAGAAGAAAGCAAGAACCUCAGGCCUCUACUGCUAUUUAUCAUCGAGAACUGUUUCUACCUGUUGAUCUCACAAGCCCUGCGUUAUCUCCGUGAUCCAUCAGUCCAUCCUCGAGACAAACAGCGAAUGAAGCAGGAGCUUGCCUCUGAACUGAGCACUCUGGUCUCCAGCCUAGCACGGUACAUGCGCCGCGGUGUCACUUCCUCUCCUGCAGCUGGCCACUUGCCUUCCCCACAGCCAAAAGCCGGAACGUCCUUAAAGGUAGCUCCUGAAGCCCAGGAGCCAAUAAUCCAGCUGGUGCAAGCAUUUAUACGACAUGUACAGAGAUAG